AUGUCGAACAAUCUUACAGAGUUAGAGGAAAAUAAGCUAAAAGUACUUCGGGAUCACAAUACAGCAUUAGGAUGGACGAUAUCAGACAUAAAAAGAAUGAGCCCUUCAUUUUCCAUGCAAAAGAUAUUGAUGGAAGAUGAUUACAAAGCUUUAGUUGAUCUUCAAUACAGAUUAAAUCCGAAUAUGCAGAAAGUGAUUUUGGAGAGACUCUCUGGACAUGUUUACUACUGUUUCUUGGAUGGUUAUUUGGGGAACAACCAGAUUCAAAUAGUGCCGGAUGAUCAAGAAAAGACAACCUUUACAUGCCCUUAUGACACUUUGCUUAUAGGAGAAUGCCUUUUGGCCUUUGCAAUGCUCCAGCCACCUUUCAGCGCUGAAGAGAUUGUGUUAGGGCAUGUAAUUUCAGCACGGGGUAUUGAGGUUGAUAGAGCUAAGAUACAAGUCAUAAAAAAACUACCACCUUCGGUAACAGUAAAAAGAGUUAGAAGUUUCUUGGGUCACACUAGGUUUUACCACCACUUCAUCAAAAACUUCUCCAAAUUCUCAAAACCAUUGUACAAUUUACUGGAAAAAUGGGCCCCAUUUCACUUUUCUGAGGAGUGCUCGACAGCUUUCAACACCUUAAAAGAAAAAUUGGUUUCUGCUCUAGUAUUGGCUUCUCCAGAUUGGAAUUAUUCGUUCGAACUUAUAUGUGAUGCCAAUGAUCAUGCAGUGGGGGUGGUGUUGGGUCAACGAAAGGAGAAGAGUUCUCAUGUGAUUCACUAUGCCAGUAAGACUUUGGAUGAGGCUCAAAUGAAUUAUGCGACUACAGAGAAAGAGUUGUUGGCAGUAGAGCAGCAUCAAAUAUUAGAGUCAUGUCACUCUGCACCGUACGAGGGCAACUUUGCAGCAACCAAGACAGCAUCAAAGGGCAUUAACUUCAUGAGACCAUUCCCUCUCUCCUGCGGUCAACAAUACAUACUAGUGGUAGUGGACUACAUGUCUAAGUGGGUUGAAGCUAUGGCUUUGCCAACUAACGGCGGGCGAGUGGUAACUCAGUUCAUGAAGAAGAACAUUUUCACUCGAUACGGCACCUCGAGGGCAAUUAUUAGUGAUAGUGGAAAGCAUUUCUGUAAUUGCUUAUUUGCAUCAUUGUUGGCCAAAUAUGGAAUGAAUCAUUGUGUCUUGAUGUCGUACCAUCCUCAGACUAGUGGACAAGUGAAAAUCUCCAACAGGGAGUUAAAGAAGAUUCUCGAAGUUACAGUCAAUGCCUCCUGUAAGGAUUGGGCUAAGAAGCUAGAAGAUGCACUUGGGGCUUAUAGAACAGCAUUUAAGACUCCAAUUGGCAUGUCUCUAUAUCAACUGAUGUUUGGAAAGGCUUGUCAUAUGCCCGUUGAGUUAGAGCAUAAGGCAUAUUGGGCGACUCACUUGCUCAAUUUCAAUAAGAGGGCAGCAGGAGAAAAGAGGGUUCUAUAA